CCGGCCCGGGCCCCCCUCCCUCCGGGCAGCGCUCGCCACCCUCCGCCUCAGACUGUUUUGGUAGCAACAGCAACGGCGGUGGCGCGUCCCGGCCCGGCUCCCGGCGGCUCCUCGGUUUCACCAGGCCUCCCCGCCCCUUCGUGGUCGUCGUCCUCCCCCUCGCAGGCCCGGGCGCCCCCCCGGCCGCGCCAGCCCGCGCCUCCCCGCUCGGCGCCCGCGCGUCCUCGCCGCGCUCCCGCGUCUCCUCGGCGCCCCCGGCUCCCGGUUGUCCCCGUGCGGUGUGCAGGCCGGUGUAUGGGCCCCUCACCAUGUCGCUGAAGCCCCAGCAGCAGCCGCAGCCCGCAGCCGCCAGUGCCCGUAAGCCCGGCGGCGGCGGCCUUCUCACGCCGCCGGCCGCCGCGCCGCCGCAACCCUCGUCCACAGUCUCGUCGUCCUCGGCCGCGGCUUCCUCCUCCUCGGCGGCGGCGGUGAGCGCAGGCGGCGGGCGGCCCGGCCUGGGCAGAGGUCGAAACAGUAGUAAAGGACUGCCUCAGUCUACGAUUUCUUUUGAUGGAAUCUAUGCAAAUAUGAGGAUGGUUCAUAUACUUACAUCAGUUGUUGGAUCCAAAUGUGAAGUACAAGUGAAAAACGGAGGUAUAUAUGAAGGAGUUUUUAAAACUUACAGUCCUAAGUGUGAUUUGGUACUUGAUGCUGCACAUGAGAAAAGUACAGAAUCCAGUUCAGGGCCAACACGUGAAGAAAUAAUGGAGAGCAUUUUGUUCAAAUGUUCAGACUUUGUUGUGGUACAGUUUAAAGAUAUGGACUCCAGUUAUGCAAGAAGAGAUGCUUUUACUGACUCUGCUAUCAGUGCUAAAGUGAAUGGUGAACACAAAGAGAAGGACCUGGAGCCCUGGGAUGCAGGUGAACUCACUACCAGUGAGGAACUGGAGGCUUUGGAAAAUGAUGUUUCUAAUGGAUGGGAUCCCAAUGAUAUGUUUCGAUAUAAUGAAGAAAAUUAUGGUGUAGUGUCUACAUAUGAUAGCAGUUUAUCUUCAUAUACAGUACCCUUAGAAAGAGAUAACUCAGAAGAAUUUUUAAAACGAGAAGCAAGGGCAAACCAGUUAGCCGAAGAAAUUGAAUCAAGUGCCCAGUAUAAAGCCCGGGUGGCCCUGGAAAAUGAUGAUAGGAGCGAAGAAGAAAAAUACACAGCAGUUCAGAGAAAUUCCAGUGAACGUGAGGGCCACAACAUAAACACUAGGGAAAAUAAAUAUAUUCCUCCUGGGCAAAGAAAUAGAGAAGUCAUAUCCUGGGGAAGUGGGAGACAGAGUUCACCACGCAUGGGCCAGCCUGGAUCGGGCUCCAUGCCAUCAAGAUCCACCUCUCAUGCUUCAGAUUUCAACCCGAGUUCUGGUUCAGACCAAAGAGUAGUUAAUGGAGGUGUUCCCUGGCCAUCGCCUUGCCCAUCUCCUUCCUCUCGCCCACCUUCUCGCUACCAGUCAGGUCCCAACUCUCUUCCACCUCGGGCAGCCACCCCUACACGGCCGCCCUCCAGGCCCCCCUCGCGGCCAUCCAGACCCCCGUCUCACCCCUCUGCUCAUGGUUCUCCAGCUCCUGUCUCUACUAUGCCUAAACGCAUGUCUUCAGAAGGGCCUCCAAGGAUGUCCCCAAAGGCCCAGCGACACCCUCGAAAUCACAGAGUUUCUGCUGGGAGGGGUUCCAUUUCCAGUGGCCUAGAAUUUGUAUCCCAUACCCCAUCAAGUGAAGCAGCUGCUCCUUCAGCAGCAAGGACUAGUCCUGCGGGGGGCACCUGGUCAUCAGUGGUCAGUGGGGUUCCAAGAUUAUCCCCUAAAACUCACAGACCCAGGUCUCCCAGACAGAACAGUAUUGGAAAUACUCCUAGUGGGCCAGUUCUUGCUUCUCCACAAGCUGGUAUUAUUCCAACUGAAGCUGUUGCUAUGCCUGUUCCAGCUGCAUCUCCUACUCCUGCCAGUCCUGCAUCCAACAGAGCUGUUACCCCAUCUAUUGAGGCUAAGGAUUCCAGGCUUCAAGAUCAGAGGCAGAACUCUCCUGCAGGGAAUAAAGAAAACAUGAAGCCCAGUGAGACAUCACCAAGCUUUUCCAAAGCUGAAAAUAAAGGUAUAUCACCAAUUGUUUCUGAACAUAGAAAACAGAUUGAUGAUUUAAAGAAAUUUAAGAAUGAUUUUAGGUUACAGCCAAGUUCUACUUCGGAAUCUAUGGAUCAACUGCUAAACAAAAACAGAGAGGGAGAAAAAUCAAGAGAUUUGAUCAAAGACAAAAUCGAAUCGAAUGCUAAGGAUUCUUUCAUUGAGAGCAGCACCUGCACCAGUGGCAGCAAGCCCAGCAGCCCCAGCGCGUCCCCAUCUGUCCCCAGUAACGCGGAGCACAAGAGGGGCCCCGAAGUCACAUCCCAGGGGGUUCAGACUUCCAGUCCAGGAUGUAAACAGGAGAAAGAUGAUAAAGAGGAAAAGAAAGAUGCAGCUGAGCAGGUGAGGAAGUCAACAUUGAAUCCCAAUGCAAAGGAGUUCAACCCUCGUUCCUUUUCUCAGCCAAAGCCUUCUACCACCCCAACUUCGCCUCGGCCUCAAGCACAACCAAGCCCAUCUAUGGUGGGUCAUCAGCAGCCAACUCCAGUUUAUACUCAGCCGGUUUGUUUUGCACCAAAUAUGAUGUAUCCAGUCCCAGUGAGCCCAGGUGUGCAACCUUUAUACCCUAUACCUAUGACGCCCAUGCCAGUGAAUCAAGCCAAGACAUAUAGAGCAGGUAAAGUACCAAAUAUGCCCCAACAGCGGCAAGACCAGCAUCAUCAGAGCACCAUGAUGCACCCAGCCUCAGCAGCAGGCCCACCAAUUGUGGCCACUCCACCAGCUUAUUCCACGCAAUAUGUUGCCUAUAGCCCUCAGCAGUUUCCAAAUCAGCCUCUUGUUCAGCAUGUGCCACAUUAUCAGUCUCAGCAUCCUCACGUCUAUAGUCCUGUAAUACAGGGUAAUGCUAGAAUGAUGGCACCACCAACACAUGCCCAGCCUGGUUUAGUAUCUUCUUCAGCAACUCAGUACGGGGCUCAUGAGCAGACGCAUGCGAUGUAUGCAUGCCCCAAAUUACCAUACAACAAGGAGACAAGCCCUUCUUUCUACUUUGCCAUUUCCACUGGCUCCCUUGCUCAGCAGUAUGCGCAUCCCAAUGCUGCCCUGCACCCACAUACUCCACAUCCUCAGCCUUCAGCAACCCCCACUGGACAGCAGCAAAGCCAGCAUGGGGGAAGUCAUCCUGCACCCAGUCCUGUCCAGCACCAUCAGCACCAGGCUGCCCAGGCUCUCCAUCUGGCCAGUCCACAGCAGCAGCCAGCCAUCUACCAUGCAGGUCUUGCACCAACCCCACCUUCCAUGACACCUGCCUCCAAUACACAGUCGCCGCAGAGUAGUUUCCCAGCAGCACAGCAGACCGUCUUUACAAUUCACCCUUCUCAUGUUCAGCCGGCAUACACCAAUCCACCCCACAUGGCCCACGUACCUCAGGCUCAUGUACAGUCAGGAAUGGUUCCUUCUCAUCCAACUGCCCAUGCGCCAAUGAUGCUAAUGACGACACAGCCACCCGGCGGUCCCCAGGCCGCCCUCGCUCAAAGUGCACUACAGCCCAUUCCAGUCUCGACAACAGCGCAUUUCCCCUAUAUGACGCACCCUUCAGUACAAGCCCACCACCAACAGCAGUUGUAAGGCUGCCCUGGAGGAACCGAAAGGCCAAAUUCCCUCCUCCCUUCUACUGCUUCUACCAACUGGAAGCACAGAAAAUUAGAAUUUCAUUUAUUUUGGGUUUUUUUUUUUUAAUGUGAUUUCUUGUAACAUCCAAUAGGAAUG